CCCGAUUCCCGCCCACCCGCACUGAGGCUGCGCGGCGGUGCCAGCCUUUUACGACGGGCCGGAAAGCAGAGGUCGCAGCGGCAUAACGUGGACCAGGCAGCAAUGGGGAAAAUCGCGCUGCAGCUCAAAGCCACGCUGGAGAACGUCACCAACCUUCGGCCAGUGGGUGAGGACUUCCGGUGGUAUCUGAAGAUGAAAUGCGGCAGCUGUGGUGAGAUCUCAGAGAAGUGGCAGUAUAUCCGACUGAUGGACAGUGUGGCGUUGAAAGGUGGCCGUGGCAGUGCCUCCAUGGUCCAGAAGUGCAAACUGUGUGCACGGGAAAACUCCAUUGAAAUUUUGAGCGGCACCAUCAAGUCUUACAACGCUGAAGACAAUGAAAAGUUCAAGACAAUAGUAGAGUUUGAGUGCCGUGGCCUUGAACCAAUUGACUUCCAGCCCCAGGCCGGGUUUGCCGCCGAAGGUGUGGAGUCAGGAACAGUCUUCAGUGACAUCAAUCUGCAAGAAAAGGACUGGACAGACUAUGACGAGAAGGCUCAGGAGUCUGUGGGGAUCUUCGAGGUCACCCAUCAGUUUGUGAAGUGCUGAACUAUGUUCCUACAAACUUGCCCAGAAGAACUGAGAGGAGAAAAGGGCCCUGAGCAGCAGAUCCCACGGAGGCUUCUCCUAGCACCUGUUCCAACCCUCACAGUCUGCAUGCUGGGGUUUGUCACGGUUCUGAGUCCCACCAAUAAAGCCCCAUUGGUGUGUGAAGGUAAUGUGUGCAGUACUCUCUCCACAAAUACGAAUGGACUCUGGAGGUCUCUGCUUUCUCAUGCCUACUCUGCACCUGAGCCAGUUUGCAAAAUACACAGGAGAACGCAGUCUAUAAAGGCUCCCCAGCUCUUGGGAAAUAGGCAGAUCCAUCUACAAGAUCAAAGGCUUGAAGGCCAAGUGGCACCAAGGGCAGAGAAGCCUAUGGAAUGAUGCUGUGAGCCCAGCAGCUCCAAACUAAACCCAGGCAUCUGUUAGCCACUCACUUCACCCCAGACCUCACUCUAGGCAUAUAUCCUUCCACUCCACAUUCCUGGCUGAUGGCUAGCCUCUUCAUUUGCUGUGAUAGAGCAAUUCCUGUCAGAGUCAACCUGGAAGUUCUUCUUCAUGUGGAAUCAGCCUCUGUGAUCCCUGAAGCACCUCUCGCUGGUCCUGGCUUAUCCCCGUGGCCCAUAUCUGUAUGUUCUGCUUCCAGACAAAUCUUUGGAGUGAAGACAGCUUCAUGGCCUGCUGAGUCUCUUGGAACCAAAGAUUCCCCACACAGCAGAGUUGGCCAGUGUAGUACUAGGCCAUGAGGAUAUUGUGCUUUCAUAUGUGGGAACCCACCAUUUGGAAAACCUGUUACA